AUUACAGAGGCUCUAUCAUCCAUUCCUGGUCAAGAACCAUCUGACCGUCCAGAUAUUGUCAACCGGGUAUUCAAAAUGAAGCUUAAUAUUCUAAUGGAUGAUAUUAAAAAGAAACAAUUCUUUGGACCCAUAAACGCAGAUCCAUCUCCCCUAUGGAGUCAACUACGAAAUUUAAAGAUAUUACAGUGGGACAGCAAAACUGUAAGGUCUUUGCACGGGUAAUAAGGCUUUGGGAUGCUAUAAAUACGAAUCCCAGAUAUGGAAAUGCUUUGAUCAGCAUUGAUGGCAUUCUCUUGGAUGAAGAUGGAUCCAUGGCACAAAUUAGUGUGCCUAAAAAAUUUGAAAAACAAUUUCGUGGGUUGCUAUCUCAAGGAUCUUUCUAUAUUAUUUCAAAUGUUGCAGCUAUCGAUAUCAGAAGCAAAUCAUAUGUCUAUCGCCAUCAGAAUUACAUGCUGCAAUUCAAAGAAGACACAAAGGUUCAUCUGCUACAUUCAAGAGGUGCAGAUAUACCUACACUUUCGUUCGACUUUUGCCCAUUUGAUCAGCUGCCACAAAAAGCAAUUGAUUCCAAGCCACUCCUAGAUGUGAUAGGAGUAAUAUGUGAUGUUGGUCCAUAUGACUAUGCUAGCCAAACAUCUCAGCACAAAUUUCGGAAGAUCAAAAUUCGCAACCUAGAAGAACAAACACAAGAAUUAGUUCUAUGGGGCCAGCAUGGAGAAUCAUUUGAUGAAGAAACAGUACUUAAAAAAUCUCAAGAAGGAAUUGUCAUAGCCAUUUUUGCUGGUGUAACUGCAAAUCUACAAAGGUUUACAGGUAUGAUACAAGGAUCCUCAAGUUCUGCGACACAAAUAUAUCUUGAUCUUGAUAUACCUGAAGUUCAAAAGUACCGCACCAGCUAUCAAUGGAAAUGCCCAACUCUACAAAAGCAUCUCCCUCAGGUCAAACAAGUAUCUCCACUUGAAGCAGCAGGCAAACUAUACACCAUUGAAGAAAUAUCUAACCUUCCAGCAUCAUCUUUUCAGGGAGGAGCAACCUUCAGCACUAUCGCAAAAGUAGCAUCAAUUAUAUCGUCAGUCAAAUGGUACUACAAAGCAUGCAAGCGUUGUGGAAAAGGAUAUAACAACAUGACAGAUACCCCAACAUGUGGCUGCCAAUUUCCAGUUCCAUGCCCAAUGUACAAACUUCCCCUUACACUAACAGAUAACUCGGGAAGUUUGGAUGCAAUUGCUUUCGCUAGAGUAGCUGAAGACUUAGUUGAGCGUCAUGCUGAUCAUGUUUCAAUGAGUAUGAAGAUAGAAGCUACAGAUCAUAAAAGUUAUUCUACAUAG